CUAUUAGGGCAAACAAAACUCCUAAAAGAAUUGGAAUUUACCGCUGAGAAUGAUUUUAAAAAUUAUGUUAGAAUGAGCAAGUCAACAUUUGACAACUUAUUGGAGAAAAUUAUACAUCGCAUUACAAAAAAGGAUACGUUAAUGCGAGAUGCAAUACCACCACAUCAUCGACUUGCAUUAACACUACGAUUUUUGGCUAGCGGCAAUAAUUUCCAGGAUUUAAAAUUCUUAACAGCAAUUGCACCUCAAACGAUUUCAGAAAUUGUAAUCGAAACGUGUGAAGCUAUAAUAAGCGAAUUAAAAGAUUAUAUAAAGUUGCCACAAACACCAAACGAGUGGAAGAAAGAAGCGUCCGAUUUCUAUCACUUGUGGAACUUUCCGAAUUGCAUAGGAGCAAUUGACGGUAAACACGUCAACAUUCGUCAACCACCAGGAAGCGGAUCGUUCUACUUCAAUUAUAAAAAGUCUUUUUCAAUUAUCUUAAUGGCAGUUGUCAAUGCAAAUUAUGAAUUUUUGAUGGUGGAUGUUGGAACAAAUGGGAGGGCAUCGGAUGGAGGUGUGUUUGCCGAAACAAAAUUUUAUACAAAAUUAAAGGAUAAUGAUUUAAAAAUUCCAAAUCCAGAACCUCUUCCAGGAUGUGAUGAAAAAAUGCCGUUUGUAUUUGUGGCGGAUGAUGCUUUCCCCUUAUCCGAAAACAUUUUAAAGCCAUUUAGCCACAAUACGCUCAAAAAAGAAGAAAUCAUUUUCAAUUACCGACUUUCGCGGGCAAGAAGACUAGUGGAAAAUGCUUUCGGUAUUUUAGCAUCCCGUUUCAGAAUACUUUUACAAACUAUAAAUCUAUCUCCUGAAAAAACUACAUCAAUUGUUCUAGCUUGUUGUUACUUGCACAAUUUUUUAAGAAGGGAAUAUGAACAAACCUACUUCGAAGGUGGUUUUGACUCCGAAAUAGUAGAAACGGGAGCGAUGGAAUAUGCUGAUUGGCACAAUGGCCCAAAUCUUCAAAAUCUAAAAGCUUCAACUUCCAAAAAUGCAACAAAUAAUGCAAAAUAUAUAAGAGAAACUUUUUCUACUUAUUUUAAUACUAAUGGUGCAGUUUCAUGGCAAAAUAAAAUUUUUAAAUAACCUAAAUGUUGAUUAUUUUUUCUUACCCCGCUUUCUAUUUCAUCUUCCA